AAGACGGGGGAUCAUGUUAAAUUUUUGAUGACAGCGAAAACUGAUACAUGUCACAGAGAUGCCGUAAAGUAGGGUAGUAUGUGCAAGUUUUACCCUAAAACACUCUUUGAAAAUACAAUUACAUUCACUCCUAGAAAGUCAAAGUUUACUUGAUAAAAUUUUAAAAAUCUUACCCUAGUAGGAAGACACACACAAUCAGUUACAUUACUCUAUCUCGAACUUCUUCAGAGUAUAGGAUGGCAGAUGGAGAUCACUUUCCCGCAGGGCCAUUUGAUCCUUGUCAAAGGCAACUUUCUGCCCUAAAUGAAUCAGGUGACCAAGAGUUUGGAUACAGGCAGCUCGAGAUCCCCUCUGCCUCCACUGUGGCAGAACCAGAAGACGAGAUGACGUUCAUUGCGAAGACUUUCUACGACCUGAGGGCCACCACGCUGGAGGGAGACUCGGUGGACUUCAACGUCUUCAGAGGACGGGUGGUCCUCAUAGAGAAUGUGGCCUCGCUCUGAGGAACCACCACCCGGGACUUCAGCGAGCUCAACCAGCUGCAGAGCAAGUACCCCCAUCGGCUGGUGGUCCUGGGUUUUCCUUGCAACCAGUUUGGCUAUCAGGAGAACUGCACCAAUGGUGAAAUCCUGAAUUCACUGCAGCAUGUGCGUCCAGGCGGAGGCUUCAAGCCCAUCUUUACCAUCUUCGAGAAGUGUGACGUCAAUGGAACAAGCACCCACCCAGUUUUUGCCUAUCUGAAAGACAAACUCCCCUAUCCCGAUGACGACCCAAAUUCUCUCAUUCAGGACCCCAAAUUUCUGGUUUGGAGCCCCAUCAGCAGGACGGAUAUCUCCUGGAACUUUGAGAAAUUCCUCAUCGGGCCAGAGGGAGAACCCUUUAAGCGAUACAGCAAAAAAUUCCCCACCAUUGACAUAGAACCUGACAUUCAAAGACUGCUAAGAUUAACUAAGACCUAAGAAUAGUCUCCAUCUCUUAAUGACUUC